AUGGACUCCAUCGCAGACACGGCUGAUAGAGCGCGCCAGCUCUUUCUCUGCUGCCGAGAGAUCACAGAAGAGGAGCCCCGGAAGUUGGCGUCGAACCAGUUGGCCCGUUUCAACCUGUGGGCCUCCAAUAUUGGAGUCUUUGCGGCCCGGCACGCAUCGCUCGACUACCGGCUCCGCACAGAUCCCCCUGUCAAAGCCGCCAUCGAAGGCAACAUUGACAUCCUUUGCAAACACCUCCUGAAGACUCUCAAGGGAUCUCCGGAUUUGUCGAAGGAGGAAUUCAAUGCCCUUUUCGACGCCCCUCGAACGCAUGUCUCAGUCUUUGCGAAAGGCCUGUUGCUAAAGUCUACAUCCGAUGGCCACACGAGAACAAAAGAGCUUAAGCUCGUUGAAUCCAGGAUUACCACUUUGCACAAGCUCUCUAUCGCCAUUCGACAGGCGAGCAAUCGAAACACCUUGACUAAGAUCCCUGAACUCCUCGAAUCUGACUCUGACUAUUAUCUUCUUAGAGAGCGGGGAGAGAAUAGUGCUAAAAUCUUCAAUUUCGUCAAGGACGUUCGUUUCGAUAUCGGAGCUGAGUUUGAGGAUUUCGUCCGAACAGAUGGCUUCGGCUUCGCUCGAGCAACGAGGAAGAUCUCGACGAACAACAAAAGAGCUACCGGGAAACACUUCUCGGGCGCUGCGUGGCAACUGUAUCGGUCCAUGUUCCCGUACGAGCAUUCCAACACCACCCAUGAAGAGACGGCCGUUCCAGAGUUAUUUGUGUCAAACUCCAAGCCGCCACCGGCAAGCGCAGUGCUGUCCUCGUCUGUUCCAACAACCGCCGAUGGCGGCUUUGGAGGCGGCGGCCUUUUCGAUGUACCGCCACCGCCCAAGCUGGACGGAAACGAAAAGGAGAGGACGUGCCCCUACUGCUACCUAGUGUUGCCAGCCAAGACGUUCUCUACAGCGAAGCGGUGGGAACGGCAUCUCGUGGAAGACUUGCAGCCUUGGCACUGCCCCUUGCACCAGAAGAACGGCAGCAGCGACGCCGCCGACGACGACGAGCUCACCUCCGACAGCUUGCUCUCGUUCAAGACGCAUCUCAGGAUUUACCACGGAGAUCUUGACCCAUCGUUUGUCGGAGACUUGUGCCGACAUGGCCACCAGAUGGCGGUCUUGCCGCAGUGGUGUUUUGUCUGCUUCGAAACACUGCCACAAUCUGCCAUCCUGCAGCACAUGGCCAACCAUUUCAAAUCUAUGUCGUUGUUGGCGCUGCCUUGGCGCAACGACAUUACGGACGAGGAUGCCAUGGCGAGCGACUAUGUCGCUAGUUCCGAUGCUACCAACGACAAUCACGACGCUCUCGCCACGACGCUCGCUGACAUCAGUUUCGGGGACUGGGGAGACACGGAUGAGGCAGUAACAGAGCCAGCCAACAAGCCCGAGACGCAAGAAUUCGCCUCUUUACUCUCGGUCGUCAACGAAACCCCCAUCACUCACCAGGACCGCUUGCAGAGUUUGGAGACAUGGACCCAGCGGGCUCUUGAACGCGCGAAACAAAUAUCAAAGGAGGCCGAGGCAGCUAACAUGGCGGAAGAAGAGAAAGAGCUGGCUGACUUAACAGCUCAGAACGAUGAGAAGGGUAAACCAUUUACCAGUGUGGACAAGGAGAGGUUCGACAUUCUCACAGGGAACGUUGCGCAACGACAAGCUGCCAGAGAAGCCGAGGAGGCGACCGCUGCCGCGGAGAAGAAUAAGCAGCACAAGAAGAUUCAGAUUCCGCUGUAA